CCCGCCUAUAAUAAAAGUUAUGUUUUUUCGUGUAAUGAACGUACCUUCCGACAUUUUCUUUAUUCUUUAAGCAAAAGCUUGAACCACCUCCAUCUUCACCUUCUUCUUCUUCUACUGGUUCUGGAUCUUCCUCUGUCUUCAUUCUCCUGCUAGGGUUUCAUUUUCUCUUUGGUAUUUAUGCUCAAUGUUCUAUUGUUUCGACCUGUACUAAUCCUUCUCAAGCUUUGAAUUAGUUUUGGAAGGAUCGACAAUGGUGGAUUCUGGACCAGUAACGCCUGGGCAGAUAUGUGUAUAUACAUUUUUGGUUUGUAAUCUUAACAUCCAUGUUCUAAUAUUUCACUGAGGAAUAACGUCUAUAUGGAUCCUGCUCAGAAGUUCUCCUUGCUGCUGUUAUUUCUUGGAUUGGUCUGUGUAUUAGCGAGCGCCUCUUCUCUUAAGUAUGAUUUUGGGCAUUGCAAAAGAGUUGUCAAGGAAUGGGCUUUUUCUUCUCUUGAAGAAGAAAUCAAAGCAGACAAACACACAUUAAGGGAUUUGCUGUUCUUCCUGCACGUCCCUAGAACAGGAGGACGGACAUAUUUUCAUUGUUUUUUGAGAAAGUUGUAUCCUAACUCUUUGGAGUGCCCCCGAUCUUAUGAUAAACUGCGAUUUGAUCCAAGAAAGUGCAAAUGCAGGUUUCUGGUUACUCAUGAUGACUACAGCAUGGUAUCCAAACUUGCAAAGCAGAGCACGUUAGUAGUGACAAUACUCAGGGAUCCAGUUGACCGUGUCUUUAGUACUUAUGAAUUUUCAAUAGAAGUAGCAGCUAGGUUUUUGGUGCAUCCUAAUUUAACUUCUGCAACACAAAUGGCUAAACGAUUGUGUGCUAAAACAACUGGUGUAAGCAUACUGGAUAUAUGGCCCUGGAAAUAUUUGGUUCCAUGGAUGAGGGAAGACCUUUUUGCUUGUAGAGAUACUAGAAAGCAUAGGGGCUUAAAUGACAUCAUGAGUAGUGACCCAUAUGACACGCCGGAGAUUGCUAUGCCAUUGCAUGAGUACAUUCAUGAUCCUAUUGCUCAUGACAUAGUUCACAAUGGAGCAACAUUUCAGGUUGCAGGUUUGACAAACAACUCCUAUACUCCAGAAUCACAUUUUGUGCGCCAUUGUGUGCAAAAGUACAAGGUUCUUGGUCAUCAUGUGCUUCAAGUAGCAAAGAAAAGAUUAGAUGAUAUGUUAUAUAUUGGUCUUACUGAAGAACACAGAAAAUCUGCAACCAUGUUUGCAAAUGUAGUUGGUUCGCAAGUGAUUUCCCAGCUCAGAGCAUCAAGUUCAAAAACAAAGGGAAGUGCUGGCAGGAAAUCAGGUGGUUCUAAGGAUACAUUGGAAGAUCGUGAAGAAAAUAGAAGAUUGGUUCAGUUUCUUGAUAAUACUCUGCGACAGAGAGGAUACAAGAGUUAGAGAAACUGAAGGAAGGACUCUUAAUUCCGCUGCGUAUACUGCUGCUUUUAGAAUCUCAAUCAUGCAGUUUACUACACAAAAAAUCCCUUCUUGCAACACAUAAGGAGCGCCUAGCAACCUUGAAGGAAACGGGAGUUUCAAGCUGUGUGAAAGAAGUAGUCAUUGGAUUUAUGAUGGCUCCAACAUAUCAUCCAGCAAUGAAGCUUGUCCGCUCAGUCAGGAAAAAGCUGAAAGUAAAAAUUGUAUUUAAUAUAUUGGGCCCUAUGUUAAACCCAGCAAGAGUACUGUAUGCUGUUGUGGGUGUCUAUGCAGAAGAAUUGAGGCAAAAUCUGGUCAAAGGGAAUAUGCAACUCUUUUCAGUGAAACAACAGAGAAGGCAAGCUCUGGAAGCUCAUGCUGCUGCUUUUGCACAAUUUAAAGUUCCAGGGAAUGAGAAUCCUUCUACUCAUUUCCUUUGCAACAAAGACUUUUAAUGCUAGCCAAAUUACAUCAAAGUUGCAUGUUAUAGAGCUUGGUGCCCAACCAGCAGGAAAACCUUAUUUUACAAAGAAACAAGCAGAUCUUUUCUUUCCUCCAGAUUUUAUGUGACAAGCGAAAUAGAAAAAUGAUAUUUAAUUUUGAAGGCUUUGUGUUGGGCAGCUGUAGAAUAUUUUGUGCUGAAAGUAGUAACUUUUCAAUAUGUUGAAUAUUUAAGACUACUUGAAUACUUAAAGAACAUUUUGUUGUUGAUGACAAUGUUGAAUGUUUUAAACCAAUUUGUAGAUUGUUAAUACAAUGUUGAAUGUUUUUAUUUUUUGUUAUUUGAAAAUCAAGUUCAUUUGA